AUGUCAUUUUUGAAGAAGAAGAAGAAGAAGAAGAAGAAGAAGAAGAAGAAGAAGAAGAGGGGUUGAGCACCGGAACAUCUUGUUUAUUGUCCUGAGCUCUCGGACUCGUGCAGGAGCCUGAAGUGCAAUCUGGAGUAGUAUAUCUCAUUCCGUGUCAAAACUGUCCUUGCAACUACACAAGCCAGACUGGACGCAUGCUCUGAUCGCGCAUACACGGACAUAAGUUGGCUGUGCUACGAGGUGACGCAUUAUCACAAGUGGCUGCCCAAACCUAUGAAAUGGGUCACGAGUUUGACUUCGCAGCCACCAAAAUAGUCGCCCACGCCGGAAACAAAACAGGCCGAGAACUGAUUGAAGCCUGCGUCUCGGAUGAGAACUCGGUCAAUCGAUUUACCGAUCUGGCGCCGGCGUGCAGAGCCAUGCGCAGCCAUCUCCAGUCUCGCGCCGUCGGUCGAUGACUGGCCUGAAUGCCCUACAACUGUCGCUUGUUCUGUUGCUGCUACUACCUCUGACGAUCGACUCCUGCAUGCGUCCGAAAACUCAGGACAAUGAACACAAUGUUCCGUUGCUCGAGCCGCCUUCGUCUUCACUUAUGCAUACACCUGGAACUCGAAAUUUCCUCUUCAUUCAUGUCAUUUAUGCUCUAUGGUCUUUGCUUCCUGUCUAAAAACAAAACUGAGGGUCCGCCUUGUCGGCGAGGGAGGUCGAGUGCCGCUCUUGCCAAAGCAUCUAGUAUGAUACGAAAGUUAAGGAGACAAGACUGAUAAACAUCUUUCCCUUCCUGUUCAGUUAAAUUUAUUUCGACCCAAAUGGGAAAAACACGGCAAAUCACCGGGGACUCGAUAGCAAGGGGAAGACUUAGACACAGCCAACCCUCCAGCCACCUGAACCACGAAGUCCCACCGGGAGCUGCGAGUUUAAACAUCUGCUGGCUUCUAGGUGGCUUACUCAGGAAAUCCUGCUUUGACAGCCAGCUUACGGUAUCAGAAUUUGUGGAUUCCAUACGUUACAGUAGGCUAGGCGGGUAACUUAACCCAAAUGUGAUUGAACUCACGGCUGCCGGUGGAGGUUCAUAGCUCUGGUGGCUAGAGCGUUGGCUAUAUUCUAGUCCUCCCUUUGCUGUCUUGGGCUCGAAUGCCUCCGAGAUCGCCGUGUUCUUUACAGUUGAGUCAAAAUAAAUCGCUGAAAAUCUGCCGAAAUACCUCUUCAUUUAAAAUCAGGAUGGUUCUGAGCGUCAGCUAGUAGGUUUUUAUCGUGGGAUCGGACUAGAUUGUUGACCUGACACAUAAAGACCUGUCCCUGCGCCCCCUUCUCGUUGUAAUAACGCAUCAGUUAAGUGUCAACACCUCAACCUCGACUGUUCAGCUACUUUCCCCGGUCGUAUGUGAAAUUUUUUCUUAUUUUAUGCACUCCCAUGACAAGCAAGUUUUUUGAGUGCAGAAAAAUGUCCAGCGUACACUUCUAUUGUAUGAAUGUGGGAAGGAGUCGAGGUGUGGGUAGCCGGCAACUGCGGCCAGACCAGAAAUGGUCCCGCUUGCCUAUAGAGCACACGGCGACGGUGUAGAGAAGGACCCCAAUAAACGAAAAGUAAAUUUCACAAAAUAACGGAUUUUGGAUUAAGAUGUGAGGUCGUGGGAAGUAAUCGUGUGAUUUCUGCAACAGCUGGCAAAUGUAUGCCAAGAUAAAACCCCCUAUGACACGAUCCACAGUCUACUGACAGUUACGUCGGGUCCUUCUCUAUACCCUUGCCGAGCAUACAUUGCCUUUAACCGGGUAACCGUCCGGAGGUUAAGGGGAAAACAGGCAGUUCUUAUUCGGUCAUUCGACCGCAUGUAAUUUGUCAUUGUUUCGGCAAUAGCCGACAGAUUAUGGUUUCUGUGUAGAGCAAUAAAUUUUGAAAGCCUUUUGUCUCCGGUUCGACAUCUAACUCUCGUCCGGCCCCCUCCUUGAAUCAGGGUUUGACAAUCUGAAGAUAAUGAAGUAAACCGGAACUCCGGUAUUCUUAUCAUUCUUCCUCUCUCCCUUUCCCUGUACAUAUAUAUAGCUGUGUAGUGCAGACGAUUUUGCCCAUUUUAUUACUCUAUCCUUCCUGCAUUUCAAGGUGCCUACGGCGAGCACACGGAGUCAAUCGGCGGCGUGUUCGAUCUGAGCAAUGAGCGCCGUCUGGGUCUGACUGAACUCGAAGCCGCCACUGAAAUGGCCGAUGGCGUGAAGAAGAUACUCGAAUUGGAGGCCUCCCUCUAG